GCCCCUUCCCGCCUUCGCCAUGGCGACACCGGGCGGCGUGAUCCGGGCCCUGCACCGCGGGACCUUCGCACAGCUUCAGUGCACGCAGCUCCCAUCUCCUGACAUAGCAGCUCUGCCGAAGCACAUUCCAGUGCUAUGAUUUCAUGGUACCAGGCAGCCCUCCCCUGCCACGCUGCUCUGCUGCCCGCUGCUUCUCAUGGGGUGAACAAACAGCGAAUGUAAACUCUCUCCAAAGGAGCAAUGUUCUCUGUAUAUUUUUAGAGUUGGAAAUUCAAGAUUCAUUUAAGGAGCUCUAUCCUCUUGGUGAAGAAUUGGAAUAUGGGAAGCAAAAGACAAAUGUUAUGCCUAUUAAAUACCUGUUGCAUUGCUUCACAACUGCUCUACGUCCUUAACAUCACAGCUCUUAACCCUAGUGAAUCUUGAGUUUCUACUAAGUUUCAUUUCAUUUAUGCAUGUUGGACUUCUUUCUUGCUCUAGAAUGUGGUGAUGGAUCGGAUUUUCUCUGGUAUCCAGCCGACUGGGACGCCUCAUCUUGGUAACUACCUUGGAGCUAUUCAGAACUGGGUGAAUCUGCAGGAAAAGUACAGCUCAGUGUUAUACAGCAUUAUGGACCUGCACUCUCUCACCAUGCCCAAGGAGCCAGCUGUCCUUCGGCAAAACGUGCUGGACACCACUGCUGCCAUCCUUGCCUGUGGGAUUGACCCAAGGAAGUGCUUCCUGUUCCGACAAUCACUGGUUCCUGAGCACACAGAACUGGCCUGGAUUCUUGGAUGUUUAACUAAUGUGCCACGGUUACUACGUUUGCCCCAGUGGAAGAUGAAAUGUGCCAGCCAGAAUAAUGAUGGAAAUGUCGGUUUGUUGACUUACCCUGUUCUUCAAGCAGCAGAUAUUUUGCUGUACAAGUCGACACAUGUUCCCGUUGGAGAAGAUCAAGUCCUGCACCUGGAACUAGCCCAAGAUAUAGCACAACAUUUUAACAAGAAAUAUGGAGAAUUCUUUCCUGUGCCUAAAGCCAUUUUGAGUCCAACAAAGAAAAUAAAAUCCCUCAGAGAUCCAACAGUGAAGAUGUCUAAGUCAGACCCACAGAAGUUAGCUACUAUUAACAUAGCAGACAGCCCUGAGGAGAUAGUGCUGAAAUUCCGAAAGGCCGUGACUGACUUUACCUCUGAGGUGACUUAUGACCCAUCCAGUCGCCCUGGUGUCUCCAACCUGGUGUCCAUUCACUCUGCGGUAACUGGACUUAGCAUAGAAGAAGUGCUGCACCAAGCUGCUGGUCUUGACACUGCUCACUACAAAAUGGUGGUAGCAGAGUCAGUUAUUCAAAAAUUUACACCUAUCAGGAAUGAAAUCAAGAAACUCCAGGAAGACAAAACCUAUCUGAUAAAGAUUUUAGAGGCUGGAGCAGAGAAAGCCAAAGAACUGGCUACCCCCAUCUAUCAAGAAGUGCUUAGAAUAUCAGAAGAAGUAUCCAGGCAGAGCUUAUCAAUACAUGGCUCUUAGGCUGGUGUCACUGGCAAAAUCUUGGAUUUUUUGAUCACCGUGUGGUCAGUGCAACAUCAGGCCUGCUGGCACAUGACAGGAUGCACCUUUCUCAGAGAGGGAAAACGUGUUGUUUUUUUUUUCUGGACUUACUGAAAGAACUUUUAACUAGACUUGAAGAUGAAAAGAGAUUAAACAAGGCUUGCCAGUGAUAAGCUGUGAGAUGACAUACCAGAGUUUGAAGAAUCAUGUGCUAGUGAGGUCCUUCAGUCUUCUCCACAAGGUGCUGGGUACACUAGAGCACAUUUGAAAUUUUUCUGCGUUAAUGCAUACAGCAUGAGGAAUAAGCAGCAGGAACUAGAAGCCCUGGCUUUGUUCCAGACUUACAACAUUGUUGGUGUAAGCAAGACUUGGUGAGAAGAGUCCUGUGACUGAUGUAUCAUGUUGAACAGUUAUAGGCUUUUCAUGAGGGACAGGCAGGGCAGGAGAGGCAGUGUGUGGCACUGUAUGUAAUGGAAUAGCUUGGUUGUAUGAAGUUCACAAUUGGCAAUGAUAUGAUUGAGACCCUCUGGCUACGUAUUACGGGACAAGCAGGCAAGUAGAUAUCAUUGUGGUAGUCUGGACCACAACACAAAUUAAUUAUUAUGUAAAGAAUGAAGGGAUAUUCCUAGAUCAGCCACCCUUGUACUAAUGGGUGACGUCAAUUUUUUAGGUGUUACCUGAGAGUACCACACAGUUGAUACAAACAGGUCCAUAAAAUCCCUGAAACACUUUGACACUGGAAACAAGGUCAGGUGACAUUAGGGUACUACAGAGGUGCUAUUCACCACUGUCGAGAGAAAAUUUGUACAGCAAAAGCUUAUUUAGGGUUGAAGUUGGCCAGUACUGUGGGGAACAAAAAUAGUACUAUGGGGGACAACAAAAUGGACUUUUUUUACGUAUGUUUUCAGCAAAAGAAGGACCAGAGAUAACACUGAUUAGUUACUUGGUGAGGAUGGUCGCUUCAUAAAUAGGGAUGUAGAUAGUCAACACAGAGACAUUUAAUGCCUUCUUCAUAUCUGUCUUUAAUGCUGAUGAUGGGUCCUGACUAGAGAUGUGAGUUGAAGGACUAUGAUUGUGGUAAUGAUAAACUCCCAACCAGCUCUAAUGUUAUGCCAGGUUUGCUGCUCCAGCUGGAUGUAUUACAUGUCUACUGGGCCUGAUGGGGUUCAUCCCAGGGUAUUCAAAGAGCUAGUUAAUAUCAUCUUGAGACCUCUCUCAACUAUUUUUCAGUGAUGGUGGGAAUCUAAUGAGAUCCAGUCUGGAAGGUAGCAAAUGUUGUUCCAGUUUUCCAGAAGGACAAGAAAUACCCUGGUAAUUAUAGAUCUUUCACUCUCACUUCAAUGCAAAAUAGUAAGGAAGAUUAUUCUGGGAGUUACUGAAAACUACCUGGAAGUCAGUGUAGUUAUUAGUUGCAUUCACAAGGAAAAAAGUCUUCUUAGGACUAGUUACUUAGCUGAACAAGGGAAGCCAGUCGAUCUUUCUGAAUUUCAGCAAAGCUUUUGAUACUGUUUCUCACAGCAUCCUUCUGAGGAAAAUGUCCAGGAUACUUAUAGACAAAUGAAUAAUAGUAUGGCUGAACAAUUGGCUGACAGUUGGGACUCGGAGGGUUAUACUAAAUAGAGUUACAUCAGGCUGGUGAGGGUCCAUAGGCUCCACUUGAGGGCCAGUUCUCUUCAGUGUUUUCAGAAAUGACUUGGAUACAGGACUUGAAGCUAUGCUAAGUGAAUUUGCAAACAGUAAUAAAUUAGGAGAACCUGCUGACUCCCUUGAUGGUAGAGGCCUUGCAGAGAGAUGCUGACAAAUUGGAGGGCUAUGCAAUCACCAACCAUGUGAAGCUUAACUAGAGCAAGUGGUGGAUUCUGCACCUGAGAUGAGCAAAUAUGUCUGUAUGUACAGAUGGGGCGAUGACAUGCUGAAGAGCAGCCUCACAGAAAGAGAUCUGUAGGUUCUGGUUGAUGGCAAUUUGAAUCUGAGCCAGCAGUGUGCCCUGGCAGCCUGAAGGGCCAACUGUACCCUGCGGUGCAUCAGGCCCAGCACUGCCACCUGGGCAGGGGAAGUGAUUGUCCCAGUCUGUGCUGUGUGGUCUCACCUCAAGCACUGAGUGCAGCUUUGGUUACCCAACAUAAGAAGGACAUAAAAUUAUUAGAAAGCAUCCAAAGGAAGGCUACAAAGGUGGUUUGUUCAGCGCAGAGCAGAGGAGCUGAGCGGAGGCCUGAUGGCGGCUGCAGCUCCUCACAGGGAGCGGAGGGGCAGCGCUG